ACUGAACUGUCCUAUAGGAAGACACACUAAGCAGCAGCCUGGAUCAUCAGAGGUGCUACGUCUGCCUCAUAUUUUUAAACGGGCGUCGCUUAUCUGGCUUCGCCAGCUCCGAGACAGAUUGCCCCCUGAAGAGGCCCAUAUUCACCAAGAUGUCACCAAAUUGAUUGCUGCAGCUGAGUAUUCUGCAGACGCCUCUUUGGAUGGGGCUAAAUUCGCAUCCAGGGCCUUGGCUUCCACAGUGGUUUCUCGCCGUCUUUUAUGGCUCCGUCAUUGGAGAGCCGACUUAAAGUUGAAAUGGAAACUUACCACGGCUCCUUAUAAAGGAUCUGCUCUUUUUGGUCAAGCCUUGGAGCCGGCCUUGGUGGAAGGGCGCGAUAAAAAGAAGGUUCUUUCUUCUUACAGGCAUCAGGACCGUCGCUUUACACCUUAUACGAGGCAGCCCUUUCAUGCCGAGCCAGGACCCAGCGGGCGGUCGUCUUCAACUGUUCUACCAUCAGUGGGACACUGCUUCUACAGACGCCUGGCUUCUUCGCACCAUCACAACUGGCUUGACUAUAGAAUUCAUCUCCCCUCCUCCGAGUCGUUUUCUUCAGUGGCCCCUGUCGGCCUCUCCUCAAAUGAGGCAUCUCAUGGAGCUAGAGAUCCAACAUCUGUUGGAUAUACAGGCCAUCGAGCCGGUUCCGGAAGAUCAGGUACGGACCGGAUUUUACUCAAUAUUGUUUCUGGUUCCGAAGAGUUUGGGGGGAUGGAGGGGGAUUCUCAAUUUAAAACAGCUAAACCAGUUUGUGUUGUACCGGCGCUUCAAGAUGCAUUCGCUCCGGUCCAUUCUGGGAUGUAUCCGACAAGGGGAUCUCCUACAAUCCAUCGAUAUCCAGGAGGCCUAUCUUCACGUACCGAUACAUCCCAGUCACAGGCGCUUCCUCAGAUUCGCUUACAACGAAUGGCAUUAUCAAUACAAGGCCAUGCCGUUUGGACUGUCGUCGGCGCCAAGAACCUUUACAAAAAUUCUAGCGGCUUUGGCAGCUUCGUUGAGGGAACGUUCCAUCCGCAUCGUUUGCUACCUGGACGACAUUCUGCUGCUAUCGACCUCUCUCUCACAAACUCACCACGACAGAGUGUGUGUUAUUCAGGCCCUACAAAGUCACGGCUUUGUCCUCAAUCUGGACAAGAGCCAUCUUGUUCCAACAACGUCCAUUUUACACCUUGGAGCGACAAUAGACUCAUUGCUAGGCCAUGUCUUUCUAUCCCCGGACUGUCAGUCAAGUAUCAAGGACAUUGUGAACCAGGUGCUGUCACAAACUUCUGUACCACUUCUUCUGCUGUCCCAACUGUUGGGGAAGUUAAUAUCAUGUAUACACAUCGUACCGUGGGCACGUCACCACUCACGUCACCUACAGUGGUUUCUCCUUCCCUUCCAGCAAACUGGUCAGUCAGAGUCGUCUACCAAAGUCCGGGUUUAAUGUCGAGUAAAGCAGUCUCUCCGUUGGUGGGUCUCUCCAGCCCUGUCAUCCGGGACUCUGUUUUUCAAGCCUCAUAGAGUCACGAUAACUACGGACGCCAGCCUUUAUGGCUGGGGCGCUCACUUGGACUCAACCUUCGCUCAGGGGACCUGGUCUCCCCUAGAACGACAACACAGCAUCAACUGGUUAGAGCUCCGGGCGGUGCGCCUAGCAUUGAUACACUUUUCAUCACUGAUAAGAAAUAAACAUGUACUCAUAUUGACAGACAAUAUGACUACGAAGGCUCGUCUCAAUCGACAGGGGGGCACGAGGUCCAAAGAAUUGAUGGCGGAGACAGACCUACUGAUGUCAUGGGCAGAACAGCAUCUCCAUUCCAUACAGGCGGAGCAUAGUUCAGGCAAGUCAAACCUCCAGGCAGACUAUCUGAGCAGGAGUCGCCUGGAUCCAUCGGAGUGGCGCCUGAGCCCUCACUUGUUUCAGGAAAUAGCGGACAGGUUCGGCAUGCCAGCAGUCGACCUCUUUGCAACGUUUCAAAACACUUAUCUUCCUCGUUAUUUCACUUGUUUUCCAUCUCCAGGAGCGAAAGGACACGACGCCCUCAGGGCCCAGUGGCCAGAAGGCCUACUAUAUGCUUUCCCCCCAAUUCCAAUCAUUCUGGGGGUGUUCAGGAAACUGCUUCUGGAACACGCAGACCUUCUCUUGGUGGCACCCUAUUGGCCUCAGAGGGCGUGGUUCGCCGAUCUUCGAGAUCUUUCAGUAGUGACGCCAUGGCGGAUUCAUCUCAACCAACUGUCGCUGAGCCAGGGCGCCGUUCAACACCCAGAUCCAGGUUGGCUCAGUUGACCGUCUGGCGCUUGAAAGGAUAAUGUUACGUAAAGACAACGUUCCUUCUGAGGUCAUUGCUGUUAUUCAAGCUGCCAGGCGGCCAUCUACAAUCCGCAUUUACAACGCGUCCUGGAAGAUUUUUGCUCAAUGGGCUGCUUCUAACCUUGUGGACCCUACCUCUGCUUCUGUCUCGGACAUUCUUCAUUUUCUUCAGUCAGGGUUUGACAAAGGCCUUGCCCCGUCUACUUUACGCCGACAGGUGGCAGCUUUAGCCACUGUGUUGUCAGGGGAGAGUCACCAGCAAUUGUCUCAUGAUCGGAGAAUUCAAUCCUUUCUUCAAGGAGCUGCGAAUCUCAGGCCGGCAUUUGGUAUUACAAGCUCUCACAUUACCACCGUUUGAGCCUCUUGGUUCAACUUCAUUACGUUAUCUGUCGCUGAAAGUGGCCUUCCUCUUGGCAGUGACUUUGGCUCGUAGAGUGUCAGAGAUAGCAGCCUUUUCCAUUCGACCUGAUCUCUGUGUCUUCUUUCCUGACCGCGUAGUCCUUAGAUUGGACCCUGCUUUUAUGCCUAAAAUAAAUUCCAUUUUUCAUCGAUCUCAAGAGAUCGUCCUGCCAAAUAUUUGCCAAGAUCCACAUCAUCCACUUGAAAGGACAUGGCAUACAUUGGACGUCCGUAGGGCCCUGCGGCGUUACAUCCGAUGUACAUCAUCGUUUCCAAACACUGAAGCCCUGUUGGUGUCAUUUUUGCCUUCUUCAAUGGGUCAGAAAGUUUCUUCUGCCACUGUGGGUAGAUGGCUCAAGGCCCGUAUAUCCAAAGCAUAUGAAGUACAAGGGGCCCCUGUGCCUGAGGGCAUUUUACCUCACUCGACUAGGAGUGCAGUUACUUCUGCUGCAUGGGCUACCCAAGCUUCGAUUGAUGAAAUUUGCAGGGCGGCCACCUGGUCAUCCCUUUCAUCAUUUGUCCGUCAUUAUCGAUUAGAUUCAUUUGCUUCUGCUGAAGCCUCCUUUGGCAGGCGUGUAUUACAAUCAAUAAUUUUCCCGACGGUUCAGGAGAUGGCUGCGACUCCCUCCCAGGAAUUGUAGCUUGGGCAUGUCCCAUUCUGUAGGAUUGUCUGAGCAGCGAGUCAGGAAAAUGGACGUUGUCCUACCUGAACGUCCUUUUUAUGCUCGCUGCGAAGACAAUCCGGCCCACCCGUUCGCUAGCCAUCCCCUGCCAUAGGGGGUGUUUUUUCUUUCAUUCCUCUGCAGGUGUUCGCCUUACGUGAUGAAAACCGUUCCAGUCUGACUACAUUGACACAAGUUUCGUGAAAAAGACUGACAGGAGCAACCAGAGGGCGGGACUAGGACUGCAGAGGAAAAAUGAUAGGCACUCAGUACAUCCAAUCACACUGCUAGAUCCCAUUCUGUAGGAUUGUCUUCGCAGCGAGCAUAAAAAGGUAGGACAACGUCCAUUUUUGAUUUUUUUAAAAAAAAUCAUUGAUUUUUAUCCACCCUGGUUUCACAAUUGUAGUGACUUCAGGUUUGCCCUGUUCUUCUCACAAAAAGUAAUGCAGGCUUUCACUUAUAUCCGUGAUGCAUAUAUUAUACUUUUCAUCUGAUUCAUAUACAUGUUGAGCAUGUUAAAUGCCAGAUGUUGAUGUAUAAAAAACAUCUCAAAGCAAAUUAAACACAUUUGUGGGUUAAUAUAUAGAAUUAUUCCCUUUUUUCCAGGAUAUUUCAGCAUUUGAAGAAAACAAUCAGAUCAUCUUAUUUCAGUUACAAGAGAUUUGCCUCCUUCAGCACUUCUAACAACAAAAUUUAUCCAUCUUUUGCUCUUUUUUCUUCUUCAGCAUAAUGGAAUUGAAAGUGGCAUGCUGCCAUCAUCGUGUUUGGCUGGACGAGAGGAAUGCUACUUUCAAAUGAAAAAAUAUUUGCUUAUUUGUAACUUUAAUUAUGUAACAUUAUAACCAUCAGCUUUUCUUGGAAUUAACUGCAGAAGCCCACCAUUUGAAAAUAAUUUACAAAAGCAAAAUCAUCUAAAAAUAAUAAAAAUCAUGUGUUUGUUGCCAGCCAAAUAAAUAUUUAUUUUAUUAUUA